AUUCUCUAGAUAUAUUUCAACGAGUUGGGGUCAUAAAUUAUAGCUCGGCCUCAGCCCGGCUAGGGCAGUGAGCAUGUUGCGCGGGCGCAACGCUAUUAUCGAUAACAACAAAUGAAUCACCGAAGGCAGGUACACGGCGGCGAUGCGGUAUACAAAGAAUAUAAAAUGAAACAUUUGAAAUUAUUUAUUGUUCUCCUUUUGGUUGGUGCCAUUAACGCUGGCCCUGUCUCUAAAGAAAAUGAUGAAGAUGAAAUAAUUACAUUUACUAAAGAAUUUUAUCUUACAAAUUUUAUAAUGUACAACGCUAAACAUGACGUUGUAAACAUCAUUGUACCAACGAACUCUCUGAAUUUUGAUGAAAGCAAGAUGACUGAAGAUGAAGAAAAUAUGGAGCAAUUUUUUAAGAAUCUUAUACUAUUCUUCGUUGAAGCUGACGUAGACGCAGCUGGUAAUAGAAUGGACAAAGGAUUAUACGUUUACAAGAAUGGAAAGGCUACAAAACUUUUGGAAAAUGGGCGUGACGCUGCUGCGAGUAGCGAUGACAGCACUGAUGUGUUCUUCGGAGCUAAAGACGGUAUUUACAUCUACGAUAACAAAACAAACACAGCAGUCAAAUACGGCUCCGUGACUGAUGACAUAAUUGCAAUUGCUAAAGAAAAUGGUACUGACGUAAUCUAUUACCUGAAUAAAGAUCACGAACUGUAUAAAGUCACUGACAAUGGUCAAAAGAAUGUUAAAAUUGAAGACGUAGUAGGAGCUCAAGAAAUAGUUUUGGAUACGGCCAACAAUUUAUAUUUUUAUACUGAAGAUAAGCAAGCGUAUGUUGUCAAUGAUAAUAGUGUGAAGAAAAUUACGGGCCUGCCGGAAAAUCCUAAAUAUGUUAAACUUAUAAAGCCUCCUGUACUAGAAGACGGGGUUGUGUUCCUUUCAGAUAAUGCAUUUUAUGUAAUUUAUUCAAAUGGAACAAGCGAGUUAUCUGAUUUCCGGAUUGCUUCUAAAGCCAAACCAUCUGCUUAUGGUAUGGAAGCCACAUUUGUUCAGUUCUAUGCGUUUCACAAAAAGAUUUACAAAUAUAACUUAUUGGAAAUUUUGUCUGGCGAUAUUUUUGAAAAUUUGAAUAAAUUCCUCGAAGAAAACGAAGAAAUAAUUCGAAAUGAAUCUCCUGUGAGCAUAAGCAGUACCCGUAAGAUCAAGAAACAUAAACAGAUAUAGUUUGUUAUGUUGGUAACCGCAAUUUUAUAUUACAGACAAAUAAAAUAUUUUUUUU